AAGAGAAGAAGGAAAAAAAUAAAGGGUUCUUGGGUAACCCUCCCUCCUCCUUGGGUUCUUUUUUUUUUCGUGUCAUGUCAUUCCAUGUAUGUUGGAUGUGCCCUCCUGUCGACCCGCCCGUCAAAUCUCGUUUUCUCUCUCUCUGUUUCUCUUCCCCGAUAAUUACGUCUGCAGCACGCGAGAUCUCAUUUCCCCAGAGUGAGCAGGGGUUCGCCGAGUAGUCGUAGCAGCGGCAACAGGAACAACAACGACAGCGGCACCACCACCAGCACCAGCAAUAGCAGCAAUAGCAGCAACGGCGGAGGCGGCGACAUCCCUUCUUCCCAUCUGCAACAAACAGCAUCUGCGAAAUACAUUACGCACAUACAUACUUACAUACUACCACCACCACCACCACUACUCGUACAACAAGGGUCCCCCCCCCCCCCCCCUUUUUUCUUCCCCACCCCCGUCUUCUUCGUCUCUCGUCAAAACCACGAUUACGCGACCAAAACGAUUGCCAACGGCAAAAGCGAGAAAGACUAAUAAAAAAAGAAAAGAAGAAGCAAAAAACGACUCGCGUGUUAAACCAUGGCCGCCCUCGGACAAAACGUUGUUGACUUUGUGCAACGAUUCCAUAAGCUGCAAUUGCAGCACGAUACCAGCGAUACUCUUAUUCGGGACCUCCUCUUGUACUGCGAUCGGAUCGAAAGCAGUCUGCGGCUCCAGAACAAGAAGCUCUCGGAGGAGCUGGAGACGUGCAAGUUCAACCUCAGCGACACGGUCAACUCGAGACGGGACCUCUUGCACCAGCUGCAGACGCAGGAGGCGCAGACCACCUGGCUGGUAGAAGAGAACAGGUCCUUGAAGGAUCGCAAUGCAUACAUUCUGGUCAUGAUUGAUGGCGACGGCUUAAUUUUCCGAGAGCAAUGGACCCGGCAGGGCUUGGAAGGCGGCAAGAAGGCCGCCAAGGCGCUCCGAGAAGCCAUCACCGAGCAGUGCGGCGACCGCGCAGACGACAUCGAGAUAGUGUGCAAGGUCAUGACCAACAUGGGGGCGCUCGGCAGGACGCUGGCCCGCGCCGGCGGCCUGGAAAGCUCCGUCGAUAUCAGGGACUUUGCCGCCGGCUUCACGAGCGCGUAUGCCUCGUUUGAUUUUGUCGAUGUGGGCGCCGCCCCGGGCGCCGCGAGCUGCAAGCUGAAAGAUAACACGCGCUGGCACCUGCAAAAUCAAAACUGCAAGCACAUUUUACUGGGAAUAUCGCACGACUCGUCCUAUGCCCCGUUUGUGAGCGAGAUUCUCGAGGACGAGAGCACGCGACAGUGCAUCACCGUGCUGGAGGGGGUGCCCGUGCCGCACGAACUGGCGUCGACCGAGGUCAAGAUCAUGGACAUUGGCAAGAACCUCUUUCGCUGCGAGAGCCUCGGCAGCGGUAUGUGCACGGCAUGGGCCAACGGCGGCGGCGGCCCUCGGACGGCGAGCCCGGCGACGAGCGUGGCGUCGAGCAACAUGAUGAUGACGCCGGGCAGCGGCAGCGGCAGCGGCAGCAUGUCGUACGCCAACGUCACGUCGAGCGGCAGCCCGCCGCCGCAAAUCACGGUGGCCCUGGCGCCCAGCAAGGCCUUCAGCCCGGUGACGCGGGCCAAGGUGCAGUACCAGCAGGUGCCGCCGCAGCAGCUGGACUGGCACCCGGGGGCGCGGGGGCUGGACGAGCCCAUCACGGUGAGCGUGGCGGCGCUCGAGAACAUCAAGAAGCGCAAGGACCACGACAAGCUGUGCAACAACCACUUUUUGCGCGGGCCCUGCACAAAGGGCGACUCGUGCAUGUUUGUGCACAACUACAAGCCCACGGCCGACGAGAUCAACGCCAUCGCCGUGCUGGCGCGCCAGAACCCCUGCACCAGCGGCCAGGAGUGCGAGCUCGAGGGCUGCAUCUACGGACACCACUGUCCGAGCAUUAAAGACGGCGUCUGCUGCCACCCGUUUUGCAAGUUUGCCGAGGACGCACACCCGCCCGGCACAAAGUUUAGAAACUCGCAUAUCCGCGCCAACAGUUAGAGCACAAGCAAGAAACUUCGGAUGACUACUACUCGGGUUCGUACCACAGCUUGAAGGGGCGGACCCGGACGGGCUCGGGCGGGGCUCGGGAACAGAGUGAGAGAGAGAGAGAGAGAGGUCAACGCGGGACCAGCUGGGGGACUGGCUCUUAUAAAAUGCAAAAAGGGGGCUAUAUAACUAGCUCAAGAACCGGAAAAGGUGAGGGGGGAAGAGAGGAAGGCGGACGGGGACGGUCGUUAUACGUACAGGACAAGGCCUCGUUCGUUCCAACAUACUUUGUAUAAUGUCUUCAAGUAAUGGGAAAACAAGGGGGGG